UGAGAGGCACACAAAUUCAAUUGCCCUUAUCAGCGAUUGUGCGCUAUCAAUUAGCCAAUUAGUCGGUAGAAGUGCCUUAAGUAGUCAACUAUAGUCAGUGUCUUUCCAACUCAGAUUGAGGGUGUUUCUCCUGUGAUUUGAGGUGUAGAAGGAUGAAAAGAGAAGGAUGUACGUGGUUGAGGGUGUGGUCAUGCGACGCGAGUCUGAGCAGAUGGCGAACAAGUUCAGUGGCAGGGGAUUAGAGGCGGAAUCCUGGGAUGAGCGUAACUGGGAUUUGAGGGCGUUCAAGAACAUCUGCAAGAAUUUUGAUCUUGAAGGUGUCUACAAUACUUAUAUGCUGCGAUUGCAGAGGAGUUUUCUCUCCAUUUUUUUGGUCAUUGAGACCUUCUUCGGGCUCCUGCACACUAUAAUCCUAGUUGUUCAGGCCACGAAAACAAACGCUUCAAUAACUGUGGAGGUCUUCGCCUAUCUGAUGACCAUCCUUAUCGUCUGGCUGUCGCUGUUUGUGACCUUCAGGGAGGAACAGGUGAAGAAGCGCUCGUGGUUGCCAUUUGCAGCCUCUUGCGCCGCUCUGUUCUUUCUGAUCAUUGCCGAUCUUGCUGUUCCGCUCUAUCAUGAGAUGUACACCUUCCCCAAGCCUCCGCUGCGACCGGCCUACGCUUGCCACAUCCUCCUCAGCAUCUACAUCUUCUUCCCGCUGAUGAACAACUGGCACGCAAUGCUUCUGGCAUUGGCGACAACCAUUGCCUAUCUAGUUGAGCUAGCAAUGGUCACUUAUAGGCUUGACGAGCACAGAUCGCUGAAAGUGAUUUCUGAAUGCCUAUUUAUGCUGGGCAUCAACCUUCUGGGGCUGUAUUAUCGCAUGACUUUCGAGAUUACCAUCAGGCGAACGCUUCUGGAUCGUAGACAGUGCGUUGAAGGGAACCUUGUUCUCCAAUUUCAGCGAGAACAAGAAAGAAAUCUUCUGCUGAGCAUCCUGCCAGAACACACAGCAAAUGCUCUUGAGAAGAAUGUCAGUCACAUGAUCAGGAGGAUCAGAAAAGAGAGAAAUAACUCAACGGAGAAUAAAAAUCCAACGAUUAUGGCGUUCUGGCGUGGUCAUGAGAUAAGGAGCUUCUCGGGUUCUUACUAUGUCGAGACGCAUGAUGACGUCUCGAUUCUCUACGCAGACGUAGUGAAUUACACAAAAAUGACGACUAAACUGAAAGUGAAGCCACUGGUGGAGACUCUGCAUGAACUCUUCGUAAAGUUUGAUCAGGCUUCGGAGGAGAAUGGCGUGCUUAGAAUCAAAUUUUUGGGCGAUUGCUAUUACUGCGUCGCCGGAGUGCCGGUGAAGAAUGCCAACCAUGCUAGGAGUUGCGUGGAGUUGGGGCUGCGGAUGAUCAGAGAUAUUCAGGAGGUGAGACAGAAGCGAGAUUUGGAUAUUAAUAUGAGGAUUGGGAUCCAUUCCGGGUCCAUCAUUUCGGGGAUCAUAGGAGCCUGCAAGUGGCAGUAUGAUAUCUGGUCAAAGGACGUGGUGAUCGCCAAUAAAAUGGAGUCAACCGGAGAGCCAGGGAAGCUUCACAUUACUCAGCAGACGUUAGAAUUGCUCAGGGGAAACUAUCAGUUCACUGAGGGGACGCAAAAGGCGAAGAAUGAUCCGAUAUUGCAAGAGCAUGGCAUUAAGACGUUUCUGAUUGCUCCUCCGCCGACUCCAGAGAUCUUCGAGGAGGGAGCAAGGAGGCAGUCCAGAAUAGGAGGUGGAGUCCAGAGGCUUCUGAACAGAGCCGCACUGAUUCCGCCGGCCAGAACGUCUGAAUUGACUUCUGUGAAGAACUUCAUGAGGGACUCUAUAGAACACUACAGGCAGAUAAUGAGACAGAUCAAUGUGGAGAUGAUCAGAGAACUGAAUUUGAUGCCUAUAGGGAAAUUUCAUUUCAACAAAAUCUUCUCGGGAUCGAAGGGAAGACGUCAGACGGAAAUUGACCUGGAGAAGAGACAACUGACCAGUUUAUCGAUGAUCUUCCUCUGCUUCAAGAACCGUAGCGAUGAGUGGCCUUUUCUUAAUGAGCCUGAUCAUCUUCUGAAAUACAGUAUUUUGGCGGGAUUCAUCGUUUACAUGCUGGUCUUUGGGAUUCAGAUUCUCAAUCAGCCGUACGGAGUGAGGAUUUCAUCUGCGACAAUUGUUGGUGGAAUGUUGUUGCUGAUCUUUGUGCCGUUUGCAUGGUUCAAGAGAUUAUGGCUCAUCUUCACGCCCGAAAUGGAUGAGGAUGAGAGAGCAGCUCCAGUGCCAAAGUGGGCGAUCACCAGGCACGUUUUGAGGUUGUCAAAUUGGAUUCCGAGGAAUGCUGUGGCCAGAACUGUAAUCUACAUCGUAAGUAUAAGUUUGCUGACAAUGCUGUCGUUCAUCCACAUGACCAGAGUCAGAGACACCACGCAGCAGAUCGAAGGACAAGAGGUGAAAAGUGAUCUCGGUGCUGAACUCAUGCCCACGAAGUACAUCAACGCCUGGGCAGUGACUCAUUGCUUGAUUCUGACGAUCUGCAUGAACUUCCUCUUCCUCAAAAUCCACUUCAUGGUGAAGUUCUCAGUGGGACUUUUGAUCUGUGUCUUCUACUUGUGGUUGGUGCUUUCUGGCGCCUCCACAAUUUUCACUGAGAGCUCUUCCACAAAUGUGAUUCUCGACGCUCAAGUGGCGCAUCUCAUGGCGAUUUUCUUCACCUUCUUCACAAUCCAUCUCGUCGAUCGACAAUCUGAGUAUAUUUCAAGGAUUGAUUACAAUUGGAAGAAACAAUUGUUGAAGAAGCAAGAAGAGGCCGAAGUGACGAAAGACAGCAACAAUUUCUUGGUGCAAAACAUCUUGCCAGCUCAUGUUGCGGAGAUUUACAUCAAUUUGAAGCAGAAGGAUGAGUUAUACCAUGAGGAAUUCGACGAUGUGGCCGUGAUGUUUGCCACAAUCACAAAUUUCAACUUCCAGGCGGAUGCACUCAACAUCCUGAAUGAGAUCAUCUAUGAUUUCGAUGCGCGUCUUCUUGGGAAGCCGCGAUCACUGCACAUUGAGAAGAUCAAAGUCGCGGGAUGGACGUACAUGGCGGCCUGUGGACUGCAAUCCCGAUGGGCGGAUUCAUCUUCAACCCUCGGAGGACAUCCUGACAUAGCUGUGAGGGUGUCAAAUGGCAGAAGGAACUGUUUCUAUUUCCCAGAUUACUCUUUUGGCCGAGAGUCUGACAACAAUCCAACCAACAAGGUGAAGCGGAAGCUGACGAAACUCACAGAUCCUGUAUACGUUCUAACUGAAUUCGCACUGGAACUCAUGGAAGCUCUUAGGAGUUUUAACGAAGAAAACUUCAACGAUGGUCAACUGCGAAUUGGCAUCUCCAAUGGGGAGAUUAUGGCCGGUGUGGUGGGAUCCAGCAAACCUCUGUACGACAUCUGGGGUGAUGCUGUGAAUAUGGCAUCCCGAAUGGACUCCACCGGAUUGCCUGGACAUAUUCAGGUGACUCCCAACACGGCGCAGAGGCUGAAAGAUUUGGGAGUGCAGUGCGAGUGUCGCGGAUUCAGAGAGAUCAAGGGGGCUGGGCAGAUUCUCACUUAUUUCGUAGGUGUAGAUGAAGACUUAAAAUUAAUCCCCGAAGAACAUAGUGAGCAGGAAGUGACUGAAUUGUAGUGAUCGCGAAACAAAUUGUCAGGUGUGAAAAAUUCUCUGUAAAA